AUGAGUCUUUGCGUUCUUCUCACGAACACGUGCAACAAUUUUAACGCCCCCCUGUUGUAUAAGCCAACUGCAAGGAGCGCCGGCAACGUUGCUCACUCGAAUGACGCGCAGAGGAGACGGCACGGUCGCAAUGAUCUUCAGGUCACGAGAAAGAACCCCCUAUACAUCAACCAACUGUUCAAAAGCAGUAUCUGCAGCUGGAAGAGGAGGACGAUUAAGGUGAGCAAACUGGCAUCCCACAGAAUGGCAUCCACCACCAGCGUUGAUAAAUCCCAGGGGGACCUCUUGCAGAAAUUAAAGCAAAAUUUGGUCAUCGGGGAGAACCCAGCGUUUAUCCAGGAGAGGCUAACUAAGUACAAUCAUUUGAAGGAGAAGAAGCGAAUCGAAAGGGAGGAGCUACUCAAGAGUGACGCAAAAUUGACGAGAAGCAUAAAUGUGCAGCUUCUUGAUGGGUCGGUGAAGGUGGGACAGUGCAAUGUGACGACCCCGUUUCAGAUUGCCAGCUCCAUUUCGAAGAGGCUGGCGGAGGACUCCAUCGUGGCGCGCGUGACAUACGUGGAGAAGGUGGACCUGGAGCUCUGCGACAUAGAGGAGGAGCAAGAAGGAGGGGAAGCGAACGAAGCGAACGAAGCGGAGGGAGCGAAGGAUGACACCGUGAGUUGCAGCGCCGAACAGGGCGGCGAAACGGCCCUCCUGUGGGACAUGAACGUGCCACUGCUCGGAAGCUGCAAAAUUGAGUUCCUCACCUUGGAGCACGAGGAGGCGAAGAAGACCUUCUGGCACUCCUCCGCACACAUCCUAGGCAGCAGCUUGGAGAAGCUCUUCGGAGGCUACCUCACCAUCGGACCCCCCCUCAAGGAAGGCUUCUACUACGAUAUAUACCUACGCGAAUUUUCCAUAACGAAUGAACACUACAAAAAAAUAGAAGACGAAUUUAACAAGCUGAUAAAAGAAAACGCAGAGUUUGAGAAACUCAUCUGUACGAAAGACGAAGUGAUGGAUCUGUUUCAAUAUAAUCCCUUCAAGUUAGAAUUGAUCAGAUCGAAAAUACCAGAAAAUAAAAAAACCUCCGUGUAUAGGUGUGGGAAUUUUAUCGACCUCUGUCUAGGACCACAUAUAAAAAGCACAGGGAAGGCAAAAGCAUUCAAGGUGUUAAAAAACUCAGCUGCCUACUGGUUAGGAAAUAAAAACAAUGAAAGUUUACAGCGAAUUUAUGGCAUCACUUUUCAGAAAAAAACGGAAUUAAAUGAAUAUUUAACCUUCUUGGAAGAAGCAAAAAAAAGAGAUCAUCGUAAUGUAGGCAAAAAAUUGCAUUUCUUUUUUUUCGACAAAGAUACCUCCCCAGGGUCAUGCUUCUGGUUACCUCAUGGAGCAAAGAUAUACAAUAAAUUAAUCGAUUUUGUUAGAAGAGAAUAUAGAAUAAGGUCCUACGACGAAGUGAUCACCCCGAAUGUUUUCAGUUGUGAUCUGUGGAAGACCUCGGGACAUUACCAAAAUUACAAAGAUUGUAUGUUCAUUUUUAAUGUAGAACAGAAAGAGUGGGGAAUGAAGCCUAUGAACUGUCCUGGACAUUGUGUCAUGUUUAAGCAGUUAAAUACGUCAUACAGGUCAUUACCGAUCAGAUUAGCUGACUUUGGGGUUCUACACAGGAAUGAAAUCUCUGGUAGUUUGAGUGGCCUUACUAGAGUACGCAGAUUUCAACAGGAUGACUCGCACAUUUUUUGUACUUUUGAGCAGAUAAAGGAGGAAGUGUUAAGCACUCUUCAUUUCAUAUUUUUCAUUUAUGACCUAUUUGGAUUUAAAUACGAAUUGUUCUUAUCCACGAGACCGAAGAAGUUUAUUGGGAAUAUCUCCACUUGGGAUUUUGCGGAGCAGGCUUUAAAGGACGCUCUCAAUUCAGCCAAUAUCACGUGGAAACUCAACGAAGGAGAUGGAGCUUUUUAUGGCCCCAAAAUUGAUAUACUACUCAGGGACAGCAUUAACCGAACCCAUCAGUGCGGCACCAUCCAGCUGGACUUCCAGCUUCCCUCCCGAUUCAACCUCCAGUACAAGAACAGGGACUUUGGGGCACUCAACGAGGAAAGCGGCACGGCCAAGCGGGACGAGGAAGUAGCGGAAAGGGUGGAAGUAGCUGAUGGAAAUCCUCCCCACAAUCAGAACACACCUUCCGACCUCACCGUGGAUACGGCAGAGCAGCUCAAAAGGGGCUUCGAUCGACCAGUUAUUAUCCACAGAGCUAUCCUCGGCUCCGUGGAAAGGUUCGUCGCCAUUCUGAUAGAGCACACGGCUGGAAAGCUGCCCUUCUGGAUCUCUCCCAGGCAAGCCAUCGUCCUCCCCGUAAGUGACAAAUUUAAUGAUUACGCCAAUUACGUGUACCAAACGCUCAACAAUCACUUCUUCGAUGUGGAGAUUGACACCUCACUGAACACGCUGAACAAGAAAAUACGGGAAGCGCAACUCAACCAGUUUAACUUCAUUCUUGUCGUGGGGGAGAAGGAGCUAACGACCAACACGGUGACUGUGCGAAACAGGGACGACCAGAACAACCACGAGGUGUGCUCCCUGGAGGAGCUCAUCGCUCGUUUCAGGAAGCUCCUCGAGGUCAACUCGAUGCCCUUCAACCAGGUGAAGCCCUUCAGCCAGUGGGAGCCUCUCCAGUGA